GAGAACAGACUUUCGGAGAUAGAAAAACCUGCUCCCGAAAAACCUCAAAGCCGCGCAGAGAAAACGGAGACGUCCGUGCUUUUGGAGAGAAAGAAAGAGAGCAACUGGUUGGAAUUUACUGCUGAGAUCCAGCUCCUGUGUUCAUUUCCACGAAAGGACUUUCCUGCAAUAAAUCAGAGCUGCUCGUAUCAUUUAAUUGAGUUUUGCACUGGAUUAGAGCCAUUUAUAGAGAAAAAAAAGUGUAUAUGCUCGUGCGUAAUUGUGAGGAGUUUUGGGGGGAGUUUAAACUUUUGUAACUCAGAGUGGAAACCCGUGUAAAGGAUUUUUUUUUGUAUCUUUAGAGACGUUUUUUUUUUUUUAAAUUAACCUCUCCACUUGUGGGACUUGAUAGUUGCGUGAUGUGGUUUCUACAUGUGGGUUUGAUCGCCAGCCUGUGCGUGUGCGCAGCGCGCGGCUCCUGGGAGGAGAGCACCGCGGUGCCGCGCAGGCUGGACCCGGCAGCCCGGGCGGAGAGCGAGGCCGGGUCGGGGAGAACUCUCUCCGCGGAGGAGAGGGAGAAGGCUGCGGAGAUGAGGGCGUACCAGUUGGACGUAUUUGGACAGCAGCUGGUUUUGCAGCUCGAGCCCGACCAGACCUUCCUGGCGCCGGGGUUCGUCUUCCACGUCGUGGGGAGCCCCGAAUCCUCCGAACCGAUGAGCCAUCAGGAAGGCGAGAGCGGCUCCGAGCCGGGCUGCUUCUUCUCCGGCACCGUGAACGGGGAGGUGAACUCCGCCGCCGCGCUCAACCUGUGCCACGGACUCCAGGGAGGAUUCUACUUUCGGGGGGAAGAGUACUUUAUUCAGCCCCUGAACUCCAGCCACUUGGCGGGCACGGAGGAUGAUGUCCACACGGUUCGGCGGAGGAGCCGGGCCGGUUCUGCCGAGGAGAGCAGCUCCAAGUGCGGGGUCAACGAGGACGAGGAGAGGGUGCCAAAGAAUCUGGGAGAAGAGGCCAGUCACGGAGCCCCUAACGCAGACCAGACAGCUCACCACAGGGCCAGGCGCUUCGUCUCCACCCCUCGCUACCUGGAGAUCAUGCUGGUGGCCGACCAGUCCAUGGCUGAGUUCCACGGCGCGGGGCUCAAGCCCUACCUGCUCACCAUCAUGGCCGUGGCGUCCCGCCUCUACCGCCACCCCAGCAUCCACAACUCCAUCAGCCUGGCCGUGGUCAAGCUGCUGGUGGUGUACGAGGAGGAGCGCGGGCCCCAGGUGUCGUCCAACGCCGCCAUGACCCUCCGCAACUUCUGCCAGUGGCAGCGCCAGCACAACCCCGCCAGCGACCGCCACCCCGAGCACUACGACACGGCGGUGCUCUUCACCAGGACGGACCUGUGCGGCGCCCACUCGUGUGACACCCUGGGCAUGGCGGAUGUGGGAACGUUGUGCAACCCCGACAAAAGCUGCUCCAUUAUCGAGGACGACGGACUGCAGGCAGCGUUCACAGUUGCACAUGAACUGGGCCACGUCUUCAACAUGCCCCACGAUGACACCCAGCUGUGCUCCGGGGUCAACGGCCUCCACUGGGGCUCCCACAUGAUGGCGUCCACCCUGUCCAACCUGGACCAGCAGCAGCCGUGGUCGCCCUGCUCCGCCCUCAUGGUCACCUCCUUCCUGGACAACGGCCACGGCCAGUGCCUGCUGGACAAGCCGGUCAAGCCGCAGCCGCUGCCGCUGCCCCUGCCGGGAACGGUCUACGACGCCAACCACCAGUGCCGCCUGACCUUCGGCGAGGACUCGCAGCACUGCCCCGACCUGAGCACCACCUGCGCCGCUCUGUGGUGCACCGUCAACUCGUCCAACGGCCUGCUGGUGUGCCAGACCAAGAACUUCCCCUGGGCCGACGGCACGGCCUGCGGGCGGGACAGCUACUGCCUGGCGGGACAGUGUCUCACCAAGAGCGAGGCCUCCAGACAUCAGACCCCCGUUAAUGGCGGCUGGGGCGUCUGGGGUCCCUGGGGCGACUGCUCCCGAACCUGCGGCGGAGGCGUCCAGUACUCCUUCCGCGCCUGUAAUAACCCUUUGCCGAAGAACGGAGGCAAAUACUGCGAAGGCAAGAGGAUCCAGUACCGGUCCUGCAACACAGAAACCUGCCCCGACACCAACGGCCUCUCGUUCCGCGAGGAGCAGUGUCUGGCCCACAACGACAUGUCAGCUCAGGUGUCACUGGGUUCAGCCGAGGGCGUCGAGUGGGUGCCCAAGUAUGCCGGAGUUUCUCCCAAAGACCGCUGCAAGCUGGUCUGCCGAGCCAAGGGGACUGGAUACUUCAUCGUCCUCAAACCCAAGGUGGCUGAUGGGACUCCCUGCAGCCCAGACUCCACCUCGGUCUGCGUCCAAGGCCAGUGCGUCAAGGCUGGCUGCGACCGGGUCAUCGGGUCCAACCGGCGCUUUGAUAAGUGCGGUAUGUGCGGUGGAGACGGAUCUACGUGCAAGAAGGUUUCCGGCUCUCUGGAGUACGCCAGGCCCGGUUAUCAGGACGUGGUAACUAUCCCUGCUGGUGCCACCCACGUGGACGUCAAGCAGCGAGUCCCGGGCAACGCUCGCCACGAUAACAGCUACUUGGCGGUGCGUCGCCAGGAUGGAACGUACCUGUUGAACGGUGACUACAAGCUGAUGACCAUGGAGACGGACAUCGCCCUGAGAGGGGCGCUGCUGAGAUACAGCGGCUCGUCCGCCACCCUGGAGCGGCUCCGCAGCUUCGCCCCGCUCCCCGAGCCCCUCACCGUCCAGGUGCUGUCCGUGGGAGAAGCCCCGCGGCCCCGAGUCAAGUACAGCUACUUCUCCCCGAGACCCAUCAACGCCGCCUCGUCCUCCAGGAACGGAGGCCGCCGCACCCCCGUCAACGCCAUCCGGGAGGUGGGCGGCGCCGAGUGGACCCUGAGGGAGUGGGGUCCCUGUUCCCAGACCUGCGGCGGGGGCAUGCAGCACAGAGACGUGGUGUGUCUGGACCCCGCGGGGCGUCCGUCCAGAGACUGCCCCGAGGAGCUCCGCCCGCUGGCCUCCCGCUCCUGCGGCUCCCAGGACUGCCCCUACUGGCUGCUGGGGCAGUGGUCCGACUGCUCCAAGACCUGCGGCCGAGGCUUCCGCAAGCGUCAGCUGCACUGCCUCGGGCACGACGGGCGCACGCUAGGCCACGACAGCUGCGACCCCACGGACAGGCCGCGACCCCUGCUGGAACUAUGCAAUCAGAGCGCCUGCUAAGGACCGCACCUCUGACCUCUGACCUCCUGUUGGCCCAGUUUCAAAGAAUCUCCAGGUUUCCCGCAAGAGAAGCCGAUGAAUGUUUACAUCCAGAGCUCGAAGGCUCCAGAUGAGUCCACAAUGACUGUGACUGUAACCGUCAUCGUCCAUCCUCGUACGCCCGUCAGCGGUGGCACAUCUAUGUUCCACUAAGGGAAAAGAAAAACACAUGGGCAUUCCUGGUUUCCCUAAAAGAGCACGCUGCUUCCCACGCUCAUGUCAUGCUCGUGCGUUAGUGAGAGUCUUAAGUGUGUCUGUGUGUGUGUAUCAAGUUUUUAAUGCGUGUAUAUAUUUGUCCAAGCUGGGCUGGACACCGUUGAGGUUCGGGGAGAAGUUCCUGCAGAGUAUAUCAAAACAAAAGAGAGAGAAUAGCUCAUAAUCUUCAUGCUCACCCCAUCAGGUAUGGAAAGUAAGAUAGCUUAUAAUGUUUAUGUGCAAACUUCAUUUAUUUAUCACAAACAUGAAGCACUUCACCUUUUUAUUUUGUUGUUUUUUCAGCCAGUGGCACAUUGUAACAGCCAGUUUCUCAAAAAAUGCCUCAGUACUUUCUUUUUUAGCCAUAUCUUGCCCUCACCUUCACGGCCUUAAUGAGGGAUUUAUUCAGACCAAAGAGGAGUGACUGGGUGUGUAUCUGUGUGUGUGUGUGUGUGUCUGAGUGUGUGUUAUCACCUGAAGAGGGACUUGUCUCCUGCUUCUACUUCAUAAGUAAGUCUCUCCUGCCUUCUGCGAAGGCACCUUUUUUUUCACGUUUUCUUUUUUUUUUUCCUUUUGUACAGAAUAUCCCAACUUUAUUUAUUUUUGUACAGCCUGUUAAAUAUAAUCAUGUUGCUUUUUUAAAUAUUUUUAUUUGUUAUUGAGAUUACAGAAGGAAGUAGAAUAUAUAGAGUAUUUAU